CUUGUCUCCGGCGCUCGCCUUCUGCCUCCUUCUCAGCAGUUCUUUGCUUGCUCACCGUCGGCCGCGAUGGCCAGCACACAGCGCCUGCUGCUGCUCUUCGCCCUCGCCGCCGGCGCACACGCGCACGGGCAUCACCAUGAGCUCUCCGACGCGGACAUGCACAAGCCCAUUGAUGCGAUCCUAUGGAUUCACAUCUUUCUCCAGGCUGCGAUAUGGGGCGUCCUGUUCCCGACGGGAAUGGUCUUGGGCCUCAGCAAGAGCAGAUGGCAUGUUCCACUACAGGCGACGGGGAUCGCGCUCACCCUCGGUGGUUACAUCCUGGGCCAUGCUCACAAGGGCCGCGCCUUCCUGGCCGGCGCGCACGGCAAAUUCGCGAACAUCCUCCUCAUCCCCAUCCUCACCCAGCUCUGCCUCGGCAUCUACCUCAAGUUGCACAUUCACGAGAAGUCGCUGCGGCCGUACGCCGUGAAGGUACACGGGCUCGUCGGGAAGACGUAUCCCAUACUCGGCUGGACGCAGAUGCUGUUCGGCGCGAUCACGUUCCGGGGGUACUGCCGCGGGGGUCACCUUGGACAGUGCUUGGCCCACUACAUCAUGGGGAGUGGGUUCAUUGCGUACGGGACUAUAAUGGCUAUCAUCCUGCUCGUUGGCGAGUCCUGGGUGAGACGAAGUGGGAGGAGUCCGGAAUGGUGGGACUCAUGGGUUAUCAUGCUUUGGGGUAUCGUCAACACCUUCACCGAACAUCACGGCGGUGAUUGGUCCGUAAAGGACAUGCAACACACUAUCCUCGGCGUCCUUUGGUGGGCCGGUGGCAUGCUCGGCAUAUUCCUCGCGCGCAACAACCAGCGAAAUGUCGUUCCUGCCUUGAUUAUCAUCCUCACCGGCUGGGCAAUGGCGAACCACGCUCAAGCGUUGAUGAUCUCUACCGAGGUCCACAGCAUGUUCGGCCACACCCUCUUCGGCGCCGGCCUCGCGCGCAUCAUCGAGAUCGCCGUCUUCGCGCCCAACUACGCCGCCCACGAGGGUAGCACCACCGACGCAGACGAUGCGCAUUCCGACCACACACUGACCGUUGGGGACUCUUUGUCUCGCACCAUGGCCGCACGGGCUUUCAGACACUUGCCGCCCUACUUGCUUACCGCUGCUGGCAUUUUGUUCAUGAGCGGGACGGACGAGGAGCUGAAGGUGGCGAACGACGCGGGGAUGGAUCAUGUGACGUAUAUUUUGAUUAUGUUCAGUUUAUCCUUCGUCAUCUACACCCUCAUUGUCGGCCUCAUCAACCUCUACGCCACGUCGGGGCGGAAUGCGCCGAACGCGGCGGGCGCGAAGGGCGUGGACGAGGGCGGGAUCGAGCUCUCGUCGCCGACGGGGAUUAGGAAUAAUUGGUACUCCCGCGUGCCAAACGCUGCCGACGCGCCAGAGCGGGAACCCAUCGCUCAUCAUGUCAUUGGGGAGGAUGAGGACUAAGCAUGGUUCGAUCCCUCUCGGGGAGCAAACCGAGUCGACGCUGGAGCACCUACCUGGCAUCGAAGGAGACGAAGUUGUGUAUUGAGAUCCAGGUCGACUGUCUGAAAAUCAUAGACGUGGUAGUCGACCCUGGUUCACGUCGAGGUAUGUAGCGCGAACGAGAGCUUAGUUGUCCUGCUUUGCUGUACGACCGAUCUAUCCUCGAGAAUAUGUAUAAUGCUUUGUAUACCUAAUGACAUUGCUUGUGGAUCU